UACGGCUGAAGGUUUAUUUGUCGUUAUCCAUGGAGCUGAUGCCGCUGUGCCGCCGCUUUGUUCUUGCGCCGACUCACACUCUUUAGCUGGCUGGAAUCAGCGAGGGGAAGCUUGAGAUCUUGAUUUGUCCGCUCUCCAUCAGAUCGGGGCGUUGGAUUCAAGCCCGAUGACUUUCCUUCCGUUCCUCUGUGGGAGGUCAUCUGAUGUGAGACAGCCGGAUAGGAGGAAUUUGGCCACAUGGAGGGUUUUCUCUCUGAAGGAGCUGCAUUCUGCGACGAACAGAUUCAACUACGACAAUAAGCUGGGUGAAGGGGGAUUUGGAAGCGUCUAUUGGGGACAACUCUGGGAUGGAUCUCAGAUUGCUGUUAAAAGGUUAAAAGUGUGGAGCAAUAAAGCAGAAAUGGAGUUUGCUUCAGAAGUGGAAAUUUUGGGGAGAGUGAGACACAAAAACCUUCUGUGCUUGCGUGGUUAUUGUGCUGAAGGGCAAGAGCGCUUGAUAGUCUAUGACUACAUGCCAAAUUCAAGCUUAGUGGCACAUCUUCAUGGAGAACAUUCAGGGGAAAACCAUCUCAACUGGAGCAGACGCAUGAAUAUUGCUGUAGGGUCUGCCGAGGGUAUUGCUUACCUUCACCACCAUGCAACACCACAUAUAAUCCAUAGGGAUGUCAAAGCAAGCAAUUUUCUACUGGAUUCUGAGUUCCAGGUCAGGGUUGCAGAUUUUGGAUUUGCCAAACUCAUCCCUGAAGGUGCAACCCAUGUUACCACAAGAGUUAAAGGUACCCUCGGCUAUCUAGCUCCUGAAUACGCAUUGUUUGGUAAAGCUUCGGAGAGCUGCGAUGUAUACAGCUUUGGAAUACUACUCCUAGAGCUUGCCAGUGGGAAAAAACCAAUAGAGAAGUUGAGCCCGACUUGGAGGCGAUCUAUCUCAGAAUGGGCACUUCCGUUAGCUCAGGAGAGGAGAUUUGAAGAAAUGGCAGAUCCGAAGCUUAAUGGAAACUAUGUUGAAGACGAACUUAAAAGGAUGGUACUUGUUGCACUGGUUUGUGCUCAUGGUAGUCCUGAGAAGAGGCCUACAAUGCUUGAAGUCGUGAACUUGCUGAAAGGGGAAGCCAAUGAGAAGCUAGCCAUUCUGGAGAAUGAUAAAAUUUUUAUGGGGGAUCGAAUUGGCACCAGCAGCAGAUUCGUUGUUGCUAGAAAUGGUUCAGAUUGUAGACUUCAGGAGAAUGAGGAAAAGGGUGAAUGAGAUGGGAAAGUGUAAAAUGUUUGAAUUAUCAUGUGCUUGUUGAAGUUUCAUGAUAUACAUGACAGGAAGAAGUAACCAAAUUCAGCCAUGUGGUCGAAGGCCGAAUGUGGAAUGCUUUUACACAGGUUAGUGUGACUAUAUGUUCAUCUGUAUUGCUUGCAUAGCUUGGUUUUUUGUUUUUUGGCCUUUUUAUCUCUUGUAUUGAAAUACUCCGGGGCUUCUUCUUCUUUCUCUACUUUGUUUUCUCUUCUUGUAAUGAAGAGAAAAGUAUAGGCUUCUGAACAUCUGGUCACUGUAUCUUUGUUUGUUUUUUUUUGUUUUUUUGGCAUAAUUAGUGGUGUACUCUUCUUUU